AAAGAGCAUGGGUAGCUUUGUUUAAAGAUAUUUGUAAAGCUGCUCCAGGCAGAGAGCAAAUUUGCUUAUUCUCCACGAUAAGAAAGGUAGUUUUCCUCCUGUCUUGGAGGUAGUCCAGGGUAAUAAAGAUAGCAUCUCCCUCUGAGUCAGAAGGCAGAUUUGUUUUCUGAUCAGGAUAUAAAGAUAAUGUCGCUCUCUGUAGGGGUGGAUGAACAGGUUUCUAGUAGCUCCCUUUAAAUAGCUUGGUGUUUUCCUAAACUGGAGGUUCCCUGAUGUGACACAGGGCAUGCAGUGCCUACCUGGGCCUACUUUUGCAUUGCUGCCAUGGGACUUGAGGGGCAAGAGGAACCACUGCGAACACGGAGCUCAUGCUGUUUUUAGUGCCAAGUGUAAUAAACAGUUCAAAUCCAUUUGGGCUAAUUGUCUUGUACUGGCUGCAUCUAUGGAAGUUUGGCAUACUGACCUAGCAGCUGCAAUGGUGGCUGCUGUUCAGGAUCUGCUUGGCUGCUUGACAGGCUGAUCCCAAGAACACCCCUCAUCACAUCCUGUGUACAGAUGUCUGUUUCAGGGUGGGCUUCCUGGAGGACCCAAUCUGUGACAGGGAGGGAGCCAUGAGGACAUCUAAGGAAGAGCCUUUCCUCAAAGAAGAAACAUUUCCAGCUUCCAGUGUUGACAUUAAGAAGUCUGAGUUCAUUCUGAUUCCUCAUUCAUUGUAUGGGAUUCAAGAGAUGAAUGUAAUGUGACGGAAGGCAGCAGGAUGAGUAAAUUAAGAAGGACAAGAAAGAAAGUCACUAAAUCACAUAUUUCUUCAACUGAAAUAGGAGAAAUGGAUAUGUCCAUCUCAAAAGAAAGGAUCAAAGAACAAAUGGUGUGUCACACAUUAGGGGAUACGAGCAACCCAGCUGUGGGACCUGGCUCUGAUGAAUCGCAUCCGCAAGAUGACAAGGACUCCCAGGAUCAUACAGCAGAGAUGAAACCCUCACCCCUCAAAACAUCAGCCAGGGCUCCUGGUAAUGAAUUCAACGCAGACUCCAGCUGUACUGAUGACACUGGGGACAGCACACAAAUUCUGAAGGUACCUCAACUCUCCUCUAGAAUGAAGCACAUUAAAAAAGAGAUGGCCAAAAAUCACCUUCAGUUUGUGCGAUUUGAAGCAACAGAUCUCCAUGGGGUGUCCAGGUCUAAGAGUAUCCCUGCACACUUCUUCCAGGAAAAAGUGACCCACGGAGUUUUCAUGCCCCGAGGCUAUCUCGAAUUGAUGCCGAGUCCUCAGGGCCACGAAGUGGAUCACAUAAGAGCCACAUGCUUUAACAGUGACAUCGUCCUGAUGCCCGAGCUGUCCACCUUUCGGGCGCUGCCAUGGGCCGAGAGGACGGCGAGAGUGAUCUGUGACACGUUCACGGUCACGGGCGAGCCCCUGCUGACGUCCCCGCGGUACAUCGCCAAGCGGCAGCUGCGCCAGCUGCAGGGCGCGGGCUUCUCCCUGCUCUCUGCUUUCCUCUACGACUUCUGCGUUUUCGGGGCGCCCGAAGUGAUCAAUUCCAAGACCAUAUCCUUUCCCGCUGCAACCUUGUUCAACAACCAGCACCAGCCCUUCAUCCAGGAGCUCGUCGAUGGUUUGUGCCGCACCGGAGCCCAUGUGGAGAGCUUCUCCUCCUCGACCAGGCCCGGGCAGGUGGAAAUCUGUUUGCGGCCCGAAUUUGGCAUCGGUUCAGCCGACAACGCGUUCACCCUCAGAGCAGGCGUCAGAGAAGUGGCCCGGAAAUACAACUACAUCACCAGCUUUUUCAUCGAGACUGGCUUCUGCCAUUCAGGAAUCUUGUCUCACAGUCUCUGGGAUGUGGGAGGGGAGAACAAUCUGUUCUGCAGCAGCCCCGGCCCCGGGCCGCUCUCCGCCACCGGGAGGCGAUGGGUGGCCGGACUCCUGAAACACGCGGCCGCGCUCAGCUGCCUGCUGGCUCCUGCCCGCAGCUGCCGGAAACGCUACUCCAAGGAGAGCAAAGAGCAGCAGGAGGGCGUGCCCACAACGUGGGGCUACAAUGACAACAGCUGCGCCUUUAAUGUCAAGUGUCACGGGGAGAAGGGCGCCCGGGUAGAAAACACGCUGGGCUCCGCCACGGCCAAUCCUUACCUGGUGUUGGCCGCCACCGUGGCAGCAGGUCUGGACGGACUUCAAAGCCGCGAGGGCGCCCUGCCCGGCCCCGAGGAUGAUGACAGCCCUGAGCUUUACCCGUCAAAGCCUCCUGAGAUCCCUUUGAAGCUGGAAGAUGCCCUUGUGGCGCUGGAGGAAGACCCGUGUCUGCGACAGGCUCUCGGAGAAACUUUCAUUCGGUAUUUUGUUGCCAUGAAGAAAUAUGAGCUGGAAAAUGAAGACACAGACGCGGAGAGAAAUAAAUUCCUGGAGUAUUUUAUUUAGCAUGGAUUCCCUUCCCGAUUCCUUUAGAGAUGCGGGUUUGUGACCUCAGUAGCCGAGCUAGCAGAAAGAAAAGACGGCGCGUUUGUAAUGAACAAGGAGAUUACAAGUGCUGUCGCUCUUCUGUUUUGUCGCCAUGGAAUGGCUGACAGACGAAGUGGGCUGCUGAGAGGACGCUGAUGACAAUAAAGUUGCCGUGGGGCUGUGCUACGCAAACUCACCAUGUCUUGUCCAGGGGGUCAUCAUUUCCUGUGGAUGUUGACCUCGAUCAAAUAUUCAGUUUUUUUUUUUCUUCAGGCAACAAGUAUAUUCACACAAUAAAAAUGUCUUAAGAAUUAGAAA